AUUACCAUCUGCACCUAAGUGGAAAGUAAACCGACCCUUAGAAAUAAAAGCUUUUAUUGCUUUCCCAUUCGCGUGCGCAGUGCGUGCAGCGCCUGCGCUGGAACCAUUUGGUUGCUGAGCUCUUUCUUGCGCGUUGCAGGUGAUGGAGCCCUUGUCUGAAUUUGUUGUCUGGCAGUGGUGAAUAGCCCCAAAUGUGGGUGUUUGAGCUAUUCAUCCCCUCCCUCACGGCACGAGCUCAGAGUACCCUAUGCCCGCCUCUGUGGCUGUAAUGGCCGAGAAGUCCAAUUAAUUACUUAGUUAAUUAAUGAGCUGAUAAUUGAACAGAAGCAAACCAAAGGUUUCGCAUCAAGUACCGAGGGAAGCUAUGAUAUCACUGAGAGCGUCGAAGACUGACUUUCCGGCGGGGGUUCUGAGGAAAUAAAGUUAUGGCCGGAAAAUAUGAAGGGCCGGCGAUCGGAAUCGACUUGGGAACGACGUACUCAAGCGUCGGAGUGUGGCGAGAUAACCAUGUAGAGAUUAUAGCGAAUGACCACGGGAACAAAAAGACGCCGUCCUGCCUGGCGUUCACGGACGCCGGCCUUCUCAUUGGCGAGGACGCUAAGAACACAGUCUCCCUGAACCCCAUUAACACAGUCGUUGACGCUAAGCGUUUGAUAGGGAGGAGAUUCAGCGAUCCCUUAGUACAGAGUGAUAUUAAGCUGUGGCCUUUCAAGGUGAUUGCCGCACCUGGUGACAAACCUAGGAUAGUAGUCAACUACAAGGGUGAGGAGAAGCAGUUUUCUGUUGGGGAAAUCUCUUCCAUGGUUAUAACAAAGAUGAAGGAGAUUGCAGAGGCUUAUCUGGGAACCACAAUCAAGAAUGUGGUGAUCACUGUCCCUGCACACUUCAAUGACUCCCAAAGACGGGCCACUAAGAAUGCUGGAGUCAUCUCUGGCCUCAAUGUUAUGCGUAUCAUCAACGAACCCACCGCAGCUGCAAUUGCAUAUGGUCUGGAUAAGAAAGCAAGCAGCUUGGGUGAGAAGAACGUCCUCAUCUUUGACCUUGGCGGUGGUACUUUUGAUGUCUCUCUUAUCACGAUAGAAGAUUUAAUCUUUGAGGUCAAGGCCACUGCAGGUGACACUCAUUUGGGAGGUGAAGAUUUCGACAACAGACUGGUGGAUCACUUCGUUCAUGAGUUCAAGUGGAAACAUGAGAAGGAUAUAAGUGUAAACCCUAGGGCAUUGAGGAGACUGAGGACAGCGUGUGAGAGGGCAAAGAGGAAUUUGUCCUCCGCUUCUCAGACCACCAUUGAACUUGAUUCUUUUUUUGAGGGUAUUGAUUUUUACCCAACCAUUACGAGGGCAAAGUUUGAGGAGUUGAACAUGGAUUUGUUCAGGAAGUGUAUUGAAUUAGUUGACAAGUGUCUGAGAGACGCGAAGAUGCAUAAGAGGAGUGUCCAUGAUGUUGUCCUCGUGGGCGGAUCUACUAGGAUCCCCAUGAUUCAACAGUUGUUGCAGGAUUUCUUCACUGGGAAGAUAUUAUGCAAAAGCAUCAACCCUGACGAAGCGGUUGCAUAUGGUGCUGCGGUUCAUGCUGCAAUGUUAGUCGGAGAAGGAGUCUGGAAGGUUCAAGAUUUGUGUGUGUUGGAUGUCACUCCACUGUCUCUAUGCCUGAAGAAGACUGGUGGUUUUCUGAAAGUUCUGAUCCCGGGGAACACAAUCGUCCCCAUCACUAAAGAGCACAUUGUCCACACUAAGUCAGACAACCAGUCUGGCAUGCUGAUCCAGGUCUACGAGGGAGAUAAGGUCAUGACAGAGGACAAAAACUUGUUGGGCAAAUUCGUGCUGUCGGGCAUUCCACCAGCCCCAAAGGGUGUCGCACGGAUCUCUGUCCGCUUUGACUUUGAUGCCAACGGUAUUCUAAACAUCUCUACAGAAGACAAAACGGCAGGACAGAUGGGUAAGAUCACCAUCAACAAAGUUAAGGGAAGGCUCUCCGUGGAUGAAAUUGACAGAACAGCGACUCAUUCAAGUGCACAGCUUCGUGUGUCAAAGCGUCCUAGACCUGAGGAGGCUGUCAAUUCCUCGGUCCUCCAAGGGGAGGUAGAUUUAAAGGAGUUCACUAAGAGAUGGCUGCCCACACAGGACCAGCAACUGUCAGGGACUCUCAAGCUCCCCACUUUAGAGGAAGGCAUAAUGCACCGCUGCUUUGAGGCUUUGUUCCGCCGUUUCGUGGAAUUAUCUCAAAGGAGCAGCCGGGAGAUGAAGAUCCACCAGAAAAGGGUUGUCGACCUGGAGAGGGAAAACAAAGACCUUUUAGACAAAAUGGAGGAGUACAAGAAGCAGAUGGAGAAGUGGAAUGAGAAGGCUCAGAACUCUUCAAUUGAGGCUGUGAGGGCCUUCAAAAGGUCCCAGGAGGAGUAUGCCCAAGCCAUCGACAAAGCGGCAAAGGCUCGAAUGAAAGAAAUUGUAUUUGAGUGGCUAGAGACUCAAGAGGGCCAGGAGAAAAGCUCGGGGAGAAGCCCCCCUCCCACUCAUAACUGAUAAAAUAAUACUACCUCCGUCCUCAAAACUUUGUCAAAUUUGAUUGGCACAAGAAAUAAUAAAGUAAAAACUGUGUGGUUGAGAUUUGUGCAGAGGAGAGAGAACUAAUAGGAACCACAAAUCCCUUGAUUAAAAGGGAAAGUGACAAAGUUUUAAGGGAUGGAGAGAGUAUCUUACGAUAAAACGGAAUACACUAUUUAAUGCUAAAACUACCAGUUUAGACAGACAUGGAAAAAUGCACAUGUGGCUCACGUGACAACCUUUGAUCCAAAUGUGAUGUCAUAUUUUGUGGAAUAUGAUCUUGUCAUGUUUGCAUUCUGUAAGACUAGUCUUUUUGUACCUAUAACAUGGUCCUUGACACAUGCAUUUCUUGAUAGUAGUCU